UACCAGCUUCCAAAAAUUACCAUAGCAAAUAAAUUGUGGUUACCGUUGGGGACUGUUCCAUUUGCAAGAUUCGCUUACAAAUUUACAAUUAAUGAAGUCCUUACUCUUACUGACAUUUCUUUAUUGCCUUUUGUUCUCACAUUAGCCAGCAAAAUUGAGGAGCACCUUGCACUGCAUCAUGCCUAAUGUAGCACUGAGAGUAAAGCGUCCCUCUGCUCGCAAAGCAGUGUCGUCUCCAGCAAAGUCUGGCUCCUCGUCGUCACCCGUGAAAGUGUCACCAGUGAAAUCCCCAGCGUGGCCCGUAAAACCAUCAGCAUCUCCCGUGAAAGCUGGAUCGAGCUCGUCGCACAGUCCCGCGCGAGCUAGCACGUCACGAAACAGCGUGUCUGGAACUCCAAAAUCCAGCUCGCGGCACACGCCGAACGUUCCGAAGCAUACACCAACAGUGGUGUUGCGAAACACUCCCACGAUCUCGACUCCAAAAUCCAUUCUGAAGCGUUCGCCCAAAAAAGACCUGAAACGCCUGAAUCCCGAUGGUUCAGCCGUGAAGCCCAAGAAAGUUGUUUUGAUCGAACCGGAAAAGAAGAGCAAGCCUAAGGCGAAACCGAAGAAGCCUGCACAGGAGGAGACGUCCUACGUUGUGGAAGCAGUUGUUAGUAAGAAGAAGGAAAAUGGGGAGACAUUCUACAAAAUUCGCUGGGCUGGGUAUGGAUCGAAGGAUGACAGCUGGGUGAGUGAGAAAAACUGCUCGUGCCACUGGGCAAUCAAAAAGUUCGAAGAGGAGAAAAAGAAAGGCAAAGACUCCAAAGAGAGCAAGAAACCUGCAGCAAACCAGGAGCCGGAGAAGGCCAAGAAGCGCACGCAGACGAAGGGGAACACGUUUCCGAACAGUAAGUGGCUGGGAAACAUCGAGCUGAUAGUUUUUAAGAGUUACUCCUCAGUUCUCACGAUACUUAAGAUAUUUUUAACUGAACCACAUCCAGUUAGAUAAUUCGAUUUAAUAUUUUUAAUUUGAUGAAUUAUUAAAUUUUUUUCUUUUCGAGAUAUUUUCUCAUGGUAUCGUUAGGGUUUUGCGGGAUUAUUGUUUUACAUUAAAAAAUUACCAUGUUAUUGCUGGUUAAUGAUUUGUAUAC